AGGAGGAAAUCCCAAAGAAGAAGACCCCAGAGAAGAGGCGGAGGAGGAGGUGUACCUGCUUCGGAGGGAGACAGAGGGUCCCUGCGGUGGGAGCGGUGUCCUCAUGGCGGUGUGCUGCUGCGGACUGUGACAGGCACACGAACACGAUGAACGACAUCAUGGAGGAGCCGGAGAAGGACACUCUGCUGGAGCCGCAGCCACAAGUUCACUCGGGGCCCAGUGGAGGAACAAGACCUAAGGUGGCCGAUGGAGGCAUCAGGCCGUUGGAGAAGAGAGGACCCUACAUCAUGUCCAGAGUUCCAGCCAUCCACCUCAAGCUACAGAAACACAGGGAGAUGGCAAGGAAAGCAUUGAAGAAGAAAGCCCUCUCACCAGGACCUCCGGUGACGCAUCAGCCCAGACAAGGAGCCAAGAGGAUGGUAAAAUAUAACAAGGGCUACGCUGCUUUGAGUCAGCAUGCUGAGGACACUCUGGUUGCACUGGACUCAGACAGUGAUGAAGAGAUCGAUUUUGAGCAGUAUUCCUCAGGAUACUCUUCAGCGGAGGUCCACCCUGAUUUAAGCAGGCAGCUGCUUCAGGACGGCUACCGCCUGGACGAGAUCCCUGAUGACGAGGACCUAGACCUGAUUCCGCCCAAAGCCAUGGGCUCCUCCAUUUGCUGCUGCUCUGAGGGCCCGUCUUGCUGCAUGCAGUGACCUAAACCCCUGCAAAGUCUUGGUUCCAGUUCAAGUUGCUGUCUCAAGUCACUGGUGCCUGAGGCCUUCUUUCUAACCCUGCUCCCCCGCUGCGCUGCCUGAGGACUUCUAGCCCUGAAGCCAAAACUCCUGUUCAUGCAGGACUGCGUGCACCGAAACGCUCAACCCACGAGAAGUGGCAGAUGGAUGUAAGAACAAGCCUUAUCCACUGUGACCCCAAAGCUUGAGCUAUUUUCUAUUUUUCUUUUUAUCAACCUACAGGAACCAUUACUAUGCACUGCUUCAAACUGAGUGGGAGAGAACUUCAGCAUUUGGGAUAUGUCUGUGUUGAUCCAGUGGAGUUCUGGAUACUGUUGUUUCCUCUGGUUACGUCUAAGCACGUCAUGGUGUAAUGUGUUUCAAUGAAUUAUAAUUAUUUUUACAUGUUUACUUACUGCUAUUUGAAAGCACCUCAAAUCACCAUUUACAUUACCUGACUACUAAUAUAUGUCUUUUUUUUUUUUUUUUUUUUUUCUCUUUUUUCAGAAGUUAUGGUCGAUUUUAAUUCCAAAAUGUUUUCUUUGAGUAAACUGCUACAUACUAAGAAAGACUCACUCAUCCACCACCUGCAGAAAAUGUUCACGUCUUACAAAGUGAGAUAUCCCUCGUUGGAUUAAUACCUACACGUUUAAGUGGCACAAAAUGUAAGCAGAUGAGUUACUGAAGUGCUUUGACAGAACCACUGAUAUUAGGUUUGAGUCAGUCUCCUUAUUGUAUAAAUAAGUUUCAUUCCAGGAAAAACUAUCUUCCAGAUAAGCUGCUACAAAAAAGAAAGUAGACCUAAAAACUAAAAAGAUUACGAUUCCAGGUAAAUUCAUCUUAAGACAAUUAUUUUUGUGCUAAGAUGUGUAUAUGUAUAAAUGCUGAUGUUUUAUGUUUAUUUGAUUUGCUUCAGAAAACAAAUUGUCAUAGAUCAAAGUCAAGAAGAGGUUACUGUCGUUUGCCAAGAUUGAAAUGUAGCAUUGUAAGAGUUGCAUCAGAUCCUGGACAGGGUAUUGAUCCCGAAAACGUGUCCGUGUGUUUUGUGUGUGGACACCAGACCAGAGUUACAUUAUUUUAUUUAUUUAUUUGUUUUAAUAAAUCUGUUGCCUACAUUAAAAACAAUAAGUUUCAGGUUGAAAACAAUAAACCACAUUACAUUAGAAUGGAAGUUAAUGAAACUUUACCAUCAUCAGUUAUAUUCUUUUCAGUUUGUGUUACUGUCUGUUUUUGUUUCUUACACAAUAGACACAAAGGUGUGCCUAAAUGGCAGUCUUUAUAAUCUGAGUAUUCCAAAUAAUCUUUUGAGUCAUGUUACAGCCUGUGUCAUAUUUUACUAUUAAUUACUGUUGUUUAUUUUGAAACUGUGCAUUAAGAGAAAAUGUUAAAUGUCAGAGCAAGUGACAGUGUUCACUUUUCAGGAGAUUUUUGUGUGUGGGUGUUAAACCAGAAAGUUACUUGCCUUUCACAUGCAUUAGUAAAAUAAAAUACAAAAAAAGAAAUUGGAAACUGCACAACUGUUGAGGUGCAUAGAGUUUUUAAGUCACAACAAAUGUGUGGCCACUGUUAUACUUACAUCACACUGUCUUAGGCUGGGAUGUUAACACUGUCUUAUAAAAUGAUGUAGCUGAUCACUUGAGGGUUAGAACUGGAAAGGGUUUGACAUUUUACGCUAGAAAAAGCUGCAACCUUGAUCUGUACUCUGCAGUGUUGGGAUCAACUCCCUAAUCCAUCAAGUCUUUGCAAAGAAAACGACUGAUGUUGAAAACGUUACAACUAUAACAUGAGCAAUGUACUUAUCUCUGUGGUUGUAAUCUGGGCCAUUUAGGAAAAAAGUCUGAUUCUACGCUUACACUAAGUGUAAGUCAGUUGAUACAAGUGUGAGCUUAAUGCUGGAUUUAAAGUGUAUCAACCCCCUCGGCCACCGGAUCUGCAUGAUGUUCUUUAUGUACAUAAAAAUAUUGCACUUAACACCAGUGGUCAGUAGCAAGUACACUUGACUCACCUGUACUAUGCAACUAUUGGGACAAUCUGCUUGUUAUACAACAUUGCGACAAUAAUGGCAUAUAGUGUUAUUGAAUGCUAAAUGCAAUA